AUGUCAGGCGUCGAAGUCGCGGGUAUCGUCCUCGGGGUAAUACCAGUUAUUGUCACCGCUCUCCAAAACUAUGCUGCAGGAGUUUCUACCAUUAAGACACUACGCAAAUACGAACGCGAGCUGGGAAGUCUGAUCCGGCAGUUAAAGGUCCAGACGGAGAUUCUUCGUAAUACAUGCGAAGAACUCCUCAACGGCAUCGAUCCUGCCUCGAUCGUGGAUACCAUGCUGGAUAAUCCGGGAGGCACAGCCUGGGAGGAUUCAGAGAUAGAUCAGCAACUAAAAGCGAGGCUGCAAGGGGCGUACGACCCAUAUAUGGCUACACUGGAAGAUAUGAAGGAAGCCGUGGAAGAGAUUCGAAGUCGCUUAAGAAUAGACAAGAUCGGCAAGGAGCCGGUGAACCAGCCCAGUGUCUUUCGAAGAUUCUAUCAUAAAUUCGAGUUCAGUCUGUGCCGAAAAAGCUAUGAAGAUCUGUUGAAUAGGAUCAAAGACGGAAACCACGCACUCCACCGACUAACGUCUCAGAAUCUCCGCCUGGAACCGGCUCGAUCGCGACGCAUUGAAAGGAUUCCAGAUUUCCAGAGCAUUCGAACUUGCGCUAACGGCCUUUUGUCGGCAGUCCAGUCUGGGUUCGGGUGCAACUGCAAAGCCGCCCAUAGAGUCAAUCUUCUCUUGGAAAAGCGAGGGGAUAACGACUCCCGGAGGGCGCCCUGGGAUCCAGAACCCCAAGGCCCGAUGUUCAGCGUCAUAUUCGCAUACAGCGGCCCUGGGUCCGAUGGCGAUGCGAAGCCGUGGUCUUGGAGGGCUUCUGAAAUCCAAGUGAUCGAACCGAAGAAAGAGGCUAUGGCGCUCCUUCCAAUGAAGCCUACAUCGAAAGGCAAGGGGCCCGUUAGAUUUGCUGAGCCUGGGGGCGGCAGGGAGCGAUCAAGGACCAGGACACCGAAGCCGGAGGCGAUGUCACCCAUUCUGGACCUUUGCGGAACAUUGGCCACAUGCUGGCCUCCGCAAUGCUCUCAGCCAUUCCAAGGGUAUCUGACCGCCCGAAAUACUAGCCAAAAGCUGUUGUUGCGUCCGAAAGCUCUGGAGAAGCAGAAUCUUCGAGCAGUAUCCCUCCGUCAAGUCCUCGCGGGACCUCGCGUUGAUGGAUCUUCACCGCCUUUGAGAGGGGCUGACGCAAAGCGGUUGGCGAUAAUCUUCGCAUCAACUUUACUACAGCUUUACGAGACGCCCUGGAUAGCCCAGCCUUGGAGAACCGACGAUGUGGUCUUCCUGCGCUCGUCCGAACAGGAACAAUACAUGGCGCCAUACAUCUCGGUGCCCAUAUCCGCUGUGAUGGACCACACACCGGCAGAGAGAGAGGCAUCAGCAUCCAGAGAGAUACGAGCAGGAUGCCCUAACAUCCGUAAUGAGUUCAUCUUUGCCCUCGGUAUCCUCCUGAUCGAGUUAUGCAUGGGUAGCCCGAUUGAGAAACUAAGGAAGCCCAUGGACCUGGUUGCGGGUGAAACGCAUCCUAUUCUCGCGGACUUCCGCACUGCGACGCGUAUACUCGACGAUGUGUAUGCCGAGGCUGGAGAACGAUACGAACGCGCCGUUCGAAAGUGCAUCUAUUGUGAUUUCGACCAGCGGAAGACGACUCUUGAAGACCCGGGGUUCCGGCGAGCGGUAUACGAAGGCGUUGUAUGCCUCCUUGAAGAAGACAUGAGGGAGUCUCGCAAUCUGUGA